AUGAUAUUGGUUUGCGGACACAAUACUGUCUCAACCAGAUCAAGAAAUGGUCUGAGUCUCUCACCCAACAUCCCGCUGAAUACUGGUGGCUGGAGUUCUCACAUUCCUCUUAGAGCAAGUAAUGAGCCUACCAAAGUUAUCAUCAUCCUCGGCCGAAAAGGCGUGGGAAAAUCCAUAGUGUUGGAGGAUCUCACCAGUGCUCAGGGUCACGCGUGUGAUGUCAGAGGUCCUGGAACGACAGCAUUCCAGCUCGAAGAAUCAAUCAUCAACGGCGAGAAAUACUUCUUCAUGGACACACCAGGCUUCGACGCCGGCGAUGAAGUAGAAGCAUUCUUCGAAACUGCUCGAGGCAUAGAGGCUAUCCGUCACCACGCCACCAUAGUCGGGGUGCUUUUUGCUGCCAGCGUCAACUACUCUCGGGUUGAAAACCUCGACCGCAAGCUCCUCGAGUUUCUUGAAUUGUUCUGCGGGGACGAAUACAUUCCAAGAAUUACAUUCGUCACAACGCACUGGACUCACCCAGAUGCUGCUCAGUCCAACAGGUUCGCACAUCUUCGUUCCCUUUGGUGCAGCUUCUUGGCUAGAGGAGCAGGGUUAUAUCAACACGGUCGAAAGUACAACGAUCAACACGAGGAUACUGGGAUUUGCCUACCCUGA